GACCUAACCAUAUGCCUAUGCAAGGACCUGGACCUAACCAACUCAAUAUGACGAACAGUUCCAUGAACAUGCCUUCAAGUAGCCAUGGGUCAAUGGGUGGCUAUAAUCACUCAGUGCCAUCCUCACAGAGUAUGCCAGUGCAGAAUCAGAUGACUAUGAGCCAGGGACAGCCGAUGGGCAACUAUGGUCCCAGACCAAACAUGAACAUGCAACCAAACCAAGGUCCAAUGAUGCACCAGCAGCCUCCCUCCCAGCAAUACAACAUGCCACAAGCAGGUGGCCAGCAUUACCAGGGGCAGCAGCCACCUAUGGGAAUGAUGGGCCAAGUCAACCAAGGAAAUCACAUGAUGGGUCAGAGACAGAUUCCUCCAUACAGGCCACCACAGCAAGGCCCACCACAGCAGUACUCAGGCCAGGAAGACUAUUAUGGGGACCAAUACAGUCAUGGUGGACAAGGUCCUCCAGAAGGCAUGAACCAGCAAUAUUACCCUGAUGGUCAUAAUGAUUACGGUUAUCAGCAACCGUCGUAUCCUGAACAAGGCUACGAUAGGCCUUAUGAGGAUUCCUCACAACAUUACUACGAAGGAGGAAACUCGCAAUAUGGUCAGCAGCAAGAUGCCUAUCAAGGACCACCCCAACAGCAGGGUUAUCCACCACAACAGCAGCAAUAUCCAGGCCAACAAGGCUAUCCAGGACAACAGCAGGGUUAUGGCCCCUCCCAAAGUGGUCCAGGACCUCAGUAUCCCAAUUAUCCACAAGGACAAGGCCAGCAGUAUGGGGGAUACAGACCCACACAGCCUGGGCCACCACAGCCACCACAGCAGAGGCCUUAUGGAUAUGACCAGGGUCAGUAUGGAAACUAUCAACAGUGAAAAAGUACUCACAUUCCGGUAGGCAAUAUCUAUUAGCAGCCAUAUUGUCUCCUCAGCACUGUGGACAUCUUCCUGAGAUGAGAACCUCCCAUUCCAUCUAGCUUUUGGAAAAAUCUUGUGGCUGUUUUAUGGUAUACAGUCUUUAUGGGUUAAUUGUUAAAGACUGUAGAUUCUCAGAAACUGAUUUCACAUCUCUACUCUAGAUGGCAAUAUUGGACAGAAAAUAUGUGACAUAACAAUUUGCAGUGAGUUGAGAACUGUAUGUCAAAUACUGUUACAGACUGAAAGGUGCGAACAGCUUUGUAUGUUUAUGAAGGUUAUGGGAAUUUAAUAUUUUUUCCACAGAUUUUUUUUGUAGGGGGAAAGGGGAAAUGCACACUUUUUACAGCAGCAAUAUUUUGUAUAUUAUGUUUUUCAUGUGGUGAAUAUGCAAGACAGUACACUACUCGCUGGGCAGGAUUAGAAAUCUACUGUUAAAAAUGGGUUGGGGCAUGAUAAGUGCUUGAUUGUAUAAAUCUGGAAAUGGUGUACAAUAAAGAUAACAGUGAAAAAAGAUGGAGAGCAUCAUACAUCACUGAUAGGUUCAUGUACAAAGAAUAAGAAUCCCAGUUAUCUAAAUGGGAACAUAAUUAUGGACAGUAUAAUAUAGUCUUGUGCAAAGAUUAAUUUUUUAAGCUUUCCAAUUUUUCUGAGUGAAGCAUUUUUGUAAAAAUUGUUUCUAACAUAGUUUGACAAUUUUCUGCAACAUUUUUUGGGUAACAAGGUAAACAUUUGGGUUUUAUUUCUCAAGUGUUUUGUCACAGCUUUGCAUAAGCAAGCUGUAAUCCCUCUUAAUAAUUGCAAUAACAAAGAAAAUGACAAGUGUUAAUUUUACUUGGCUUGAAAAAGAAUAUGGGGGACAAGACUGCAUUGUAUAAGUGUAUUUUAACCUUUAGUUGAAUAAUUUGUAUGUAUCAAAAUAGCCUAGAAGACUUUGUAAAACCUAUCUAAACUUUCCUAACUGGGAGUUAAUAUCUUUAGAAAGGGGGCAUUUUUUGUGUGUGUCCAUUUUUCUUAUUGGUUAACAUGAGACCAAGGGAUGUUUUAUAACAUCAAAUAUAAAACCUGUUGGUGAGGUAAAUGCCAAAUUUUGUUUUGAACUGCAUUAAUGCUUUUAUAGUGUUGCAUGUGAGAUAGAGGCAGCACCUUGAUCAAUAGCACAGUACACAAAAAAUUGGUUUUGAGACUGUCCUGCAACUGUAUAUCAGAUAAAUAAAUGGAUAUUCUGUUGUGCAGGAAUACAUGCAUUCAGGAAUUGCUGGCAACUUUUAUAAAGUACAAAACUUAAAAUUAGCCCAGGAAUAAAAUAAUUUUUUUUUUUUUUUCGGUUGGCAAUCAUGUUUAGGGAAGGGGGCGGAGGGGGAGGGGAGAAAAACAACUGGUGUUCAUAAUAUGUAUGACAUUGUACAUGGAAGACAAGAUUUUCAAAUUGUUCAUCAUUUUUAAAGGGCAAACAAUUUUCUUAAAGUCGAUAGAAAAUACACAUCAAGGUUUGAACAGAUAUGGCAUGAGGAACAUUAUUAUGAAUGAAAUGCUUGUAGGUUCUGUGCCAAUUUUCCACCACUGUGUACUUCAUUGCUAUUUAAAACUGUACUCCAUCAAUUCUAACGGAAGAAUAAAUUAUUUGUGAUUUUAA